AUGGGUAAAGGAAAUAAGUCAAAAAAAACUUCAAAAACCCAUUCAUAUGAAGAUGACGAUUAUAUAGAUGAAUAUAAUUCAGAUGAUGUUGAGGUUAUAACUGCUAUUAAAUCAAAACAACAAAACAAUAUUAGCAAAAAUAAUAAUAAUAGUAGUAGUAACAAAAGUAAUAAUAAUAGUAGUAACAGCAACAGUAACAGUAACAGCAACACCAACAGCAAAAACAAUAGUAAGCAAAAGCAGCAAAACAAUCAAAAUUCUUUUGAUAUGGAACCAAUUAGACCCUCGCUUUAUAACACCUUAAGUACAGAUGAUGACGGUGAAGAGGAAGAGGAGGAAAACAAUACAAGAAACAGUUCAAAUGGUAAACUUAAUAACUUUAAUAAUAGCGAUCCUGAAGAUGAGGAUGAUAGCCAAGAGCCUGUAGACUAUGACGAUAUUGAUGAAAGUAAUAAUAUUAUGGCUAAUAAAAAUAAUAAUAGAAAUAUUAACAACAAUAAUAGCAAUAACAACCAUAACAGUAACAAAAAAAAAUCUCCAUCAAUUACACCUCCACAAAAAUCAAAUUCACCACCACCAAGAGAGCAACAAGUGGAAUGGCUAUUACAAAAUGAAAAUAUUAUAUUUCAAAGAGAUGGCGUUCUUCAUAAAAUUAAUAUGGGUUCUAUUUUUAUUACGAAUCAAAGAAUUGUUUGGACUGUCGAAGAUAACUCUGAACUUUUGGUCUCAAUUGAUAUAGCCAAAGUAUUAUACUCAAAUGUUUCUCCAUCUACAUCACAACAAGUAUGGAAAUUAAAGGCCCCUGGAAAUGACUAUUUAUUUAUUUUUUCAGACCCAUGGACAAGAGAAUCCGUUGCCGAACUUGUUAAUGAAUUUAGAAAAAUUCAACACAUAUUAAACCCACAAAAGAUACAACAAGCCCCACCACAACAACAGCAACAGGAUGAAAUUUUAAGAAGACAACAGCAGCAAGAGCAAGAAGAAAUAUUUAGAAGACAACAACAACAGGAGCAAGCUUUCAAAAAAAAACAACAAGAACAACAAGAGCAAUUAAGAAAACAAGAAGAACAAUUAAAACAAAGAGAACAAGAGUUAUUAAGACAACAUCAAGAUUUCCAAAGAAGACAACAAGAACAAGAUGAAAUGCUAAGAAGACAACAACAACAACAACAACAACAACAACAAUCUAAAAUGUAUCCAUCAGUUUCAGAAAGACACUCACCUGAGUUUAAUCCAAGUAAAACCCCAUCACCAACUCUAAAUAACUCACCACCAUACUCACCAAAGCAACAAUCCAAUAUGUAUAAUAACAAUCAAAAUAAUAAUCAGCAACACCAAUAUAACAAUAAUAAUGUUCAUGUUCAAGAUAUUGAUGAUGGUGAUGAAGAUGAUGAAGAUUAUUAUGAAGAAGAGUUUAGUCAUAAAAAUAAUCAAAAACCACAAAUCUCAAGACAAGAACAAGAAGAACAACUUUUAAGACAAGCACAACUCUUAAAACAGGAAGAAAUGAUUAGAAAACAAAAACUACAACAAGAACAUUUACAACAACAAAAAUUACAACAAGAACAACAACAACAGCAACAACAAAGAAUGAAUCAACAGUUGCAACAACAACAAGCACACCAACAACAGGUAUCCCAACAACAACCAAACCAACAACCAAACCAACAAACACAACAAAAUAAUAAAAAAACCAAUAGCAAUGAUGAUGAUGGAUUUUUUAAUGUACCAAUUAACAUGGUAGGUGAUGAUGGAGAUUCAAAAUGGGAAGAAGAAUCAAAUGGAGUUGAACUGGCUGGGUAUUAUGAUUUAGAAGUUAAAGAUCCAAAAACCCAUAGUGACGAAAGUGGAGUUUAUGUAUCAUAUGCAAUUCAUGGUAAAUACAAAGAAAGUGCAACAUCACAACCAGUAGUUGUUCAAACUAGAAGAAGAUACAGAGAAUUUGAAUGGCUUCAUCAACAAAUUAGCAUUCCAUCAAGUCUCCAUUCGCGUAUACCAUCAUUACCACAAAAAUCAAUUUAUCAAUUUUGGAACAAAACUGAUGUCAACUUAUUAAGACAAAGAUGCUCAGCUUUAGAUCAAUUUAUGAAAAAUAUUUCAGUUAGCGCCACAUUAAGAAAUCACACAACUAUGAAAUUAUUUAUGGGUUCUAAAUCCAUACCAACCCAACCAACUACCAUCACAGAAAAUUUAAUAAAUAUCAGUAAUAAUAUUUUAUCUCCAACCACCAUUACAAGCUUGACCAAUGCUAUUAGCGGUGGCGGUGCUAUUAGUGCAUCUGCCAAUCCAAUGUAUCAAGACAGUAUCGAUGCCAACUUUUCGUAUGAAUCAUCAGUUGAACGUGACUAUUGGAUCACUAGAAAGCUAAUGUCAAAAUGGAAUAGAAUUCCAAAGCGUUUGCCAUUCUCUAAAUUUUUAGUUGUCGUAUUAGGAACUGUAUCUGCCGGUAAAAGUUCUUUCAUCAAUAAUUUUUAUAAUCUUCAAGUCAAAGUUUCAGCUGACGAGCAAUUGGAUACUCAUUUUACACUUAUUGAAACCAUUCCAAGACAACAAUUCUAUGAAUUAAGUGAUCAACAAAUGCCAAAGAAAUUUACAAGAGAGCAACUUAACGAAAAAAUUAAAGGUGAACCAGUUAGUGAUCCAAGACAUGGCCAUGUAUUCCUUUAUUUAGAUAAAACAUUCACUCUUAGUAGAUAUGAUGCACAAUUUAGCAACUAUAGAGAUAUCAUUUCAAAUUUAAAUUUAGUAAGAACAGUAUUAAUCAACGAAGAGUAUUUAACGGGCACUCCAGAUGAAAUUAUGAACCAAAAAAAGACCAUAUUUAUAGAUUCACCAGGGUUCGAACCAAAAACUGAACACGACCCUGAAAAAUUAUUGGGCAGUAUCCGUGUUGUACAAUUUUUCCAAUCAACAAGUGACCUAACAUUAUUUAUGAUGAAGGCUAAAGAGUUGGCAUUGGUAUCAUCGCAAGUCCAAAUUGUUGAACUUUGUGUACUCUAUAAAACAUAUGGCCCAGAAAUUGUUGAUCAUAUGGUAACUCAAAUGUUUAAUAAAAAAGGGGAAUCUAAAUCUUUCUUUUCACUCUUUGAAAUGGUUAAGGGUUUAGUAGAACAAAUUCGUUUAAAGAAUAUACCAAAGACACAAGAAAGUAACGGAACAUCUGUAUGGGAUGGUAUUAAAUUUGUCAUGACCCAGAUUGAUUCUGUAAACUCAAAUCUUAAAGAACAAUUUUUUGAAUUAGGUAGACUUUUAGGUAAAGGCUUAAUGUUUUUAGAUCCUCCAACUUUCCGUCAAUGCAAAGCCAUCGCUUUACCAAUGGAUAGAAAAUUCAACUCUAUUGAAGAAAGAAAAGAAAAGUGUGGUGAUCUCGACGAACUACUUUAUUAUAUUUAUAAUCUCAAUCGUGGCAGUACUUACAACUCUCGUUUAGAAGGAGCCAUCGAAGAAAUGACUACCGACCUUCUCUGUAAUAUUCAAAAAUCCUGGACCAACUAUUUAUUUAAUAGUGAUUAUAAUUUAGUUUUGCAAUUAAAAGAAAGAUCAAAAAAUAGGGAUAUUUUACCUUGA